AAGUGGGCAGCGCAGGGUGCCGGCUGUCAGCGCCGCCUCUCUCCCUCGGGGUGCACUCGCACCCAGCGCCUUCGCCCUGAGCGGCCGCCCCAGCCCCUGCCUGCCGCGCCCGGACCGAUAAGGAGCUCAGAGUCGGAUGAGGGCGGGAUGAGCCUCGCUGGCCGAGGAGUUCCCCUCACCUGCCGGGCAGAGGGGCCUUUGCUGGGGGUCUUCCUUGCGCCAUCCCGGAGAGAACAGUGGGCACCCGAGAAGUGACGGAGCAGAAUGCCCCCUGGGGUUGACUGCCCCAUGGAAUUCUGGACCAAGGAAGAGAAUCAGAAUGUGGCGGUGGACUUCCUGCUGCCCACGGGCAUCUACCUCAACUUCCCCGUGUCCCGCAACGCCAACCUCAGCACCAUCAAGCAGGUGCUGUGGCACCGCGCGCAGUACGAGCCGCUCUUCCACAUGCUCAGCGACCCCGAGGCCUACGUGUUCACGUGCAUCAGCCAGACGGCUGAGCCGCAGGAGCUGGAGGACGAGCAGCGGCGGCUGUGCGACGUGCAGCCCUUCCUGCCCGUGCUGCGCCUGGUGGCCCGCGAGGGCGACCGCGUGAAAAAGCUCAUCAACUCGCAGAUCAGCCUGCUCAUCGGCAAAGGCCUCCAUGAGUUCGACUCCCUGCGCGACCCAGAGGUCAACGACUUCCGCGCCAAGAUGCGCCAGUUCUGCGAGGAGGUGGCCGUGCGCAGGCAGCAGCUGGGCUGGGAGGCCUGGCUGCAGUACAGCUUCCCCCUGCAGCUGGAGCCCUCGGCGCGCAGCUGGGGAGCCGGCGCCCCGCAUGCCCCCAACCGGGCCCUGCUGGUCAACGUCAAGUUCGAGGGCAGUGAGGAGAGCUUUACCUUCCAGGUGUCCACCAAGGACAUGCCCCUGGCACUGAUGGCCUGCGCCCUCCGGAAGAAGGCCACGGUGUUCCGGCAGCCCCUGGCUGAACAGCCGGAAGACUACACGCUGCAGGUGAACGGGCGGCACGAGUACCUGUACGGCAGCUACGCCCUCUGCCAGUUCCAGUACAUCCGCAGCUGCCUGCACAGCGGGCUCACCCCGCACCUGACCAUGGUGCACUCCUCCUCCAUCUUGGCCAUGCGGGACGAGCAGAGCAGCCCCGCCCCCCAGGUCCAGAAACCUCGCACCAAGCCGCCCCCCGUUCCCAUGAAGAAGCCCUCCUCUGUGUCGCUGUGGUCCCUGGAGCAGCCCUUCUGCCUUGAGCUGGUCCAGGGUAGCAAGGUGAACGCCGACGAGCGGAUGAAGCUGGUGGUGCAGGCCGGGCUCUUCCAUGGCAACGAGACGCUGUGCAAGACGGUGUCCAGCGCGGAGGUGAGCGUGAGCUCCGAGCCCGUGUGGAAGCAGCGGCUGGAGUUCGACAUCAGCAUCUGCGACCUGCCGCGCAUGGCCCGGCUCUGCUUUGCGCUCUACGCCGUGGUCGAGAAGGCCAAGAAGGCGCGCUCCACCAAGAAGAAGUCCAAGAAGGCGGACUGCCCCAUCGCCUGGGCCAACCUCAUGCUGUUCGACUACAAGGACCAGCUCAAGACUGGGGAGCGCUGCCUCUACAUGUGGCCCUCUGUCCCAGAUGAGAAAGGGGAGCUGCUGAACCCCACGGGGACCGUGCGCGGUAACCCCAACACUGAGAGCGCCGCCGCCCUGGUCAUCUGCCUGCCCGAGGUGGCUCCCCACCCUGUGUACUACCCGCCCCUGGAGAAGAUCCUGGAGCUAGGGCGGCACGGGGAGCGAGCGCCCAUCUCGGAGGAGGAGCAGCUGCAGCUGCGGGAGAUCCUGGAGCGACGGGGGUCUGGGGAGCUGUACGAGCACGAGAAGGACCUGGUGUGGAAAAUGCGACACGAAGUCCAGGAGCGCUUCCCGGAGGCGCUGGCCCGGCUGCUGCUGGUCACCAAGUGGAACAAACAUGAGGAUGUGGCCCAGAUGCUGCAUCUGCUGUGCUCCUGGCCCGAGCUGCCCGUGCUGAGUGCCCUGGAGCUGCUGGACUUCAGCUUCCCCGACUGCCACGUGGGUUCCUUUGCCAUCAAGUCCCUGCGGAAGCUGACGGACGACGAGCUCUUCCAGUACCUGCUGCAGCUGGUGCAGGUGCUCAAGUAUGAAUCCUACCUGGACUGCGAGCUCACCAAGUUCUUGCUGGGCCGGGCCCUGGCCAACCGCAAGAUCGGCCACUUCCUCUUCUGGCACCUCCGCUCCGAGAUGCACGUGCCCUCCGUGGCUUUGCGCUUCGGCCUCAUCAUGGAGGCCUACUGCAGGGGCAGCACCCAUCACAUGAAGGUGCUGAUGAAGCAGGGGGAAGCACUGAGCAAGCUGAAGGCCCUGAACGACUUCGUCAAGGUGAGCUCUCAGAAGACCACCAAGCCGCAGACCAAGGAGCUGAUGCAUCUGUGUAUGCGCCAGGAGGCCUACCUGGAGGCCCUCUCGCACCUGCAGUCCCCGCUCGACCCCAGCACCCUGCUGGCCGAAGUCUGCGUGGAGCAGUGCACCUUCAUGGACUCCAAGAUGAAGCCCCUGUGGAUCGUGUACAGCAACGAGGAGGCGGGCAGCGAGGGCAGCGUGGGCAUCAUCUUCAAGAAUGGGGACGACCUCCGCCAGGACAUGCUGACCCUGCAGAUGAUCCAGCUCAUGGACGUCCUGUGGAAGCAGGAGGGCCUGGACUUGAGGAUGACCCCCUAUGGCUGCCUCCCCACGGGGGACCGCACAGGCCUGAUCGAAGUAGUUCUCCACUCGGACACCAUUGCCAACAUCCAGCUGAACAAGAGUAACAUGGCGGCCACGGCUGCCUUCAACAAGGACGCUCUGCUCAACUGGCUCAAGUCCAAGAACCCUGGGGAGGCCCUGGACCGUGCCAUUGAGGAGUUCACCCUUUCCUGUGCUGGCUACUGUGUGGCCACAUACGUGCUGGGCAUCGGCGACCGGCACAGUGACAACAUCAUGAUCCGUGAGAGUGGACAGCUGUUCCAUGUGGACUUCGGUCACUUCCUGGGGAAUUUCAAGACCAAGUUCGGAAUCAACCGUGAGCGAGUCCCCUUCAUCCUCACCUACGACUUUGUCCACGUGAUUCAGCAGGGGAAGACCAACAACAGUGAGAAGUUUGAGAGGUUCCGAGGCUACUGUGAGAGAGCGUACACCAUCCUGCGGCGCCACGGGCUCCUCUUCCUCCACCUCUUUGCUCUGAUGCGGGCAGCGGGCCUCCCCGAGCUCAGCUGCCCCAAAGACAUCCAGUAUCUCAAGGACUCCCUGGCCCUGGGGAAGACAGAGGAGGAGGCACUGAAGCACUUCCGGGUGAAGUUUAACGAAGCCCUGCGGGAGAGCUGGAAGACCAAAGUGAACUGGCUGGCCCACAACGUGUCCAAAGACAACCGGCAGUAGUGGCCGCUCUGUCCGUCUGUCCCGGGCCCAGCACCUGGGAGCCCGCACUGUGCUCCGUGGCAGAGCCUCCCCACUGCCUUUGUUUACACGGGUUAUUUAUUUCACAACGUGACAGGAACUCAACAGCCAUAACGGGAAAUGCAUCUGCCGUGCCCCCAGUGCCCCUGGCCACAGCCCAGGGGGCUGCACCUUGCUGAUGGUCACAUCAAGUCUUCCAGAUGCUGGGCCUUGGCCUGACACUUUCCUGGGGGGGGGCCCCUUGCCAGGCUCCCCGCCCGACUGCCUGGGUCUCGGGGACCUAGCAGCCCCCUGGUGCCUACGAUCUGCACAGGACGUCUCACCCCUCAGUGCAGCCCGCCCCGUGCACCCUGCCCUGACCAAGUCGCAGGCCACUGGGGAGCCAGGUGGGGGCGGGGUCCCUCAGUGUUAGAGUGAUGCCUGGGUAUGGGGGUUCCCUCCCUCUCUGCCGCAGGAAUUGGUUGCGGGUAACGAAGUUAACAGCCCGACCACUUACUGAACCUCCAGGGCUCAGCCCCAACGGCUGAGCGUGGCUGGCCCAUGCUGGCCACGGAUCGGGCGGCGGCAGGUCAGGUCUUGUGCACUGCUCCAUCAGCUGCCUCUGAAAACACGCGUGGAGGGAGGGACCGGACCCACUCCCCCGCCCCCCAGCGUUUCUCGAGGUUCAUCAGGUGCCUGAGUGAGUGCUGGGGGGAGGCAGGAUCUCUCCUCUGACCGUGCUCAGCUGGGAAGGGUCCAAGCUGAGCCCCAGGCCUCCCACAGGCCUGGAUCUGGGCCACUCUGAGCCUUUGGAAGCCAACUCUGGCUCUGAGGCUGGGACCCUCCCCCAUGAAUGGCUGACGCAGACCUGCCAGGAGACACUCCCGGGCUCUCAGGGGCCCUCCAACAUGGCAGAGCGGGUGCAUGGCCGGAGACCGGUGCCAGCCCUGUGUCCGUGUUAGGGGCUCUGUGGCAGUAGGGGCUGCCACGGAGCACCCGCCUUGCCUGCAGUGGCCAGUGGCCACCAGCUAAGCGCUGGAACGCACUGGCCGGGCCGUGGGCUCUGGCGCCCGGAUGGAUUUGUUAUUUAUUGGACCCGAGCUGCAGGCUUUGCACCACCUCAGCAACCCCUGCCUCGGUCUGUGCUCUGCGUGCCUGGUAAAAAGGCCAUUUUCUCUUUUUUUUUUUUUUUACAAUAUUUCACGUUACUGUAUGGGGAGGGCGAGUUCAUGAUCGCUGAUGUAGGCUGAGACCAGCACUCUGUGAAACCUUGAAAUGAGGUAAAAGCAGGUAACAGAAAUAAAGGCCUUUUUACGUUCUUA